AACUUUGUAGAUAUUUACAAUGUAAUGAGCAGUAAACGAGUAGGAAUCUGCAAGGGAGCCUCCAGCUAUAUCACACACAUGGACUGGGAUGUAAGAGGGAAGCUGUUGCAAGUCAACACUGGUGCUAAAGAGCAGUUGUUUUUUGAAGCUCCUCGUGGGAAAAAACAGACAAUUCCUAGUUUGGAGGUAGAAAAGAUUGGCUGGGCGUCAUGGACAAGUGUUUUGGGCUCUUGCUGUGAAGGAAUCUGGCCAAUAAUUGGUGAAGUCACAGAUGUAACUGCUUCAUGUCUCACUAGUGAUAGUAAAGUAUUAGCCACAGGAGAUGACUUUGGAUUUGUGAAACUCUUUCGAUACCCUGCUAAAGGAAAGUUUGGAAAAUUUAAGAGAUAUGUUGCUCACAGUACCCAUGUAACAAAUGUCCGUUGGACCUAUGAUGACAGUUUGUUGGUCACUGUUGGAGGAGCAGACACUUCUUUAAUGUUGUGGACUUAUGAGAUGGAAGGACAUCGGGAUAGCAGGCAGUGUGACAGUGAAGAGUCUGAUCUAGAUUCUGAAGAAGAUGGAGGUUAUGAUAGUGAUGUGACAAGGGAAAAUGAAAUUAAUUACACCAUCAAAGCCUUAUCAACAAACAUUAGACCAAUGUUUGGAAUUAAGCCUCAUCUGCAACAAAAGGAGCCAACCUUAGAUGAAAGGUAAUUGCUAAAUUACAAUUCUAGCCAA